AUGGUCUCCGACGACCUCCUUGAGAAAUGUCUCCAAAUCCUGCAGGAUCAGGCACUGGAUGAGGAGGAGCAGGUUGAAAAAGUGGAGGACUUCUUGCGCACGAACACCACCCUAUCAGGGUCGCCCUUGGAGAAUGCUGUUCUGGACAUCCUCUGGCGCCAUCGCAAUCGCAACCUGCCAGAUGCAUCGCCCCCUGCCCGGCACACCGUCAUCCGGCGCUCAUCGCCAGCCCCGUGGCAGAUGGCUCGCUCGGCUACACCGCUAUCUCCCCAUCCGACAUUAGGAACAAGCCCCGGAAGUACCUCGUGGAUGCCAAGCCCACGCGGAGCAUUUGCACGGCCUCCGCUCUCAUCCACCGUCUCGCCAUUCACCUCACCCCGACCUUCACCUCGGCUUGCACUUGCGCAGCCGAUUCCUCAUUCCCCAAAUCUGAAUGCAUACGAAUUUUCCGACCAAAGUCAGAUCUCUGACUAUUAUGGAGACCUCGGAGGUGACAAUAAUAUCGACUGGCUAGUCGCAGAUGAUGCCAACAGUACCACCUCGUCUGCGGGCGGGGUCAGCACUCCAGGAGCUUUGAGCGCCACUGCAGUUGAGUUUGUACCGGACAUGAGCCCCCAUGACAUUCUGCGCACGGUGUUGGGCGAUAAACGAACGAACGACGAAAUAGAAGCAGCGCUUGAGGCCAACAGCUACGAUCUCGGAGCUACAAUCGCCUCUCUCUCGCAGGACAUAGAGGCAGAGGCAAUCUCAAAACAACAGGAGGAUGGCCGUGUUCUGGUGGGUAAGUCCAUGGCAAUGGAGCAAGUUCGUCCAGUCACACCACUGGGAAGUAGUCGCAGCCCGGUGGUCUGCAAAUAUUGGCUGUCCACUGGACAAUGUCUCCGGGCGGAUUGCCGAUUCAGCCAUGAUCUUACCACCCAUGUCUGCAAAUACUGGGUCAUGGGUAAUUGUUUAGCUGGCGAUGGCUGUCCCUUUUCGCACGACCCUUCAGCGCUUAUUGGCAACCUGAGUGUCACGGGCGGCAGUCGGCCAGCUUCGCCGGCGAACGCCCCAUUCCAGGUAGACAGCGGCUCCGAGGCCUUCCCGCCCCUACAAGCCGCGGAAAGUGGCGAUCAAUGGGGAAAUCAAUACGUUGGCCGCUAUCCCUCCCACCUUUCUGUUUAUCAAACCUCUAAAUACGCCCCUCCAGGCUUACUUCCUGGGAUGGGCAAAAGAAACGGCAGUGCAACUCAUCUUGGACAUACCAACUCGCGACCAUCAAGUCGUCACCAGAACCGGGAAAUGAAUCUGACGGCGCCAUCUGUAGAUGAUCAAGAUGCCUUCCCGUCUCUGGCUGCGGUGCAAGCAAAGAACGCCGGGAAGAAGCAUCAUGGGAAGCGAGGUGGCCAUAACAACCGUGAUGCAGGCCUGAACAAGGAAAACAUCCCUUCGUCGCUUGCAGAUGUGGUCCGAAUGACCCCGUCUCCUGUUCCAGGGAAAUCAAAGUCGGGUUUCAAAAAUAAAGACACAAAGAGCCGUGAAAAUAGUGCAGCAGCUCAGUCCAUACAAGCCCCGCAAAAUAUUCCUUGGCUUGAGACAGGCACGCGAGCCAACCAACAAUAUAUCAAGUACCGAACGGAAGCCAUCCGCCAUGGAACCGUGAGAAACAAGUUCCUCCAAAGUGCUGCCCAAGCAUGGAACCGGAACGAUGCCCGAGCCGCCAAAGCCUUGUCUUUACGUGGCCAGGCAGAGAACGAUGCCAUGCGUAGAUGCCAUCGAGAAGCUGCACGUCAACUAUACGAAGAACGGAACCAGCAUAUCUCGCAUAAAGGCCUGGAUGAAUCAUCUGAGGAACUCUACAUUGACCUGCACGGGCUUCAUCCCGAAGAAGCCAUCGAAUAUCUCGAGAAAAUCCUUCUCAAGCACGCCAGAGAAGGAUUGCGGGUCGUCUAUGCCAUCACGGGCACUGGUCACCACUCGAAGAAUGGCAAAGACAAAAUCGGCAAGGCCGUCAAAGCAUGGCUCAACGAAUGGCGCUAUCUCUUCCGUGAAUUCAGCGUCCCUGGUGAGCGGGGCGGUUACGUGGGAGGUAUCCUCGGCAUCGAUCCCACCAGUUACGACAAGUCAUUAGCCAAGGAGCUGACUAGUGAUUCGGCGGAGGCUAACGCUGGCGAACCUCCAACCCUAACAAUGGGCAAAGUUCAAUUACUCAAGCGUGAGGACAUAGAGACUUAA